CCAGUCCCCAAAACGACGCAGUGCCCCCCCGAACGCUACUCGACAUCGCGCUCACACAGCGUCGACGGCAGCGACUGUGCCGGCGGUCCGUCAACAGUACCUCGAAGACGCUAACACCAGCAACAGCAACAGACCAACACCGGAGCACCAGCAGCCACAAUAUUUUUUUUUUUUUUUAUACUAGCGAAGGUUGUUCAUGAUCGCAUUACACAAUCGUUAUUAAUUUAUUAUUAAAAUAUCGUUUUAUCGACUCGCCGAAUCCGACUUCGCCGUGCUGUAUUUAGCACAUCAUAUUAUUAUAAUAUAGCAGUGGCGCGUUAUUCGUCCACGUUUCGUUUCUCGUGUUGCCAUUGCGCAUUUUUCAUCGUAACCGUGACACCGGAAACGCGAAAUAUAAUUAUUCAAACCACCCCUGCAGUGCAGUCCCGAGGGCGGUAAUCCGCACUCUCGCACUACCGUCCAUCAUUUGGCGUUUGCAACAACGUUUAUCGUAGUGACACGCCGCCAACGAUGAGGACCAUCGGCAGCAGCAGCACAAGCUGCAACGUCGUGAUUUUAACGACCGUCGCGCUAGUCGUCGCGACCGCGGCCUUUGAAGAUUUCAACGCCGCUGUGCCGUCACUACGGGCCAACCUCAAUGGUGAACCACAGAAGCAACUACUGCGUGAAACUAGAUCUUUAGACGUCAUCACUCGGUUAAUAGGUAGUAGCAGUGGGACAGUGGCUGGAUCAUCAUCUGCUGGAACUGUGGACGGAGGAGCAGCUUCAGCACCGGCCAAUGGUGGCAGUGGCAGCGGAUCCAUACUAAAUCUAGUCGCCCCGUUGGUGGGCAGCAGCAGUGGCAGCGUCAGCGCUGGAUCCUCAGGAACCGCAUCCGGUUCAGGAGAUGUCAGCAAAACCGACGGAAGUGGGCCGGACUUGGCUGGUCCAAAUGGUGCCACUGGUGGCAGUAGCUUUUCCAGUAUUCUAUCUCUUUUGGGACCCAUAUUGGGUAGCAGCAGUGGUAGUGGUGGUAAUGGUGGUGAUCCAGGAGACAAUGGCAGUGGAGGUUCCGAAAGUCCAGCUGGUUCUAAUGUCUUGAGUUUGUUGACCGGUUUAUUAGGUAGCAGCAGUGGGUCAAGUGGUACUUCAUCUGGCAGUGGUGGCGGUGGUGCUAGAGAUUCGUCAACAGGCGGUGCAGGUGAUGAUACGGGUGCCGGAGCAGGUAGUUCAGGAUCUAGUAGCAUAUUGCAACUGAUUGGGCCACUGUUAGGCAGCAGCAGCGGUGGAAACGGUGGUGACGGUGGCGAUGGUACCAACGGUGGUGCCGGCGGUGGUUCCGACAUUUUGGGUUUCUUAGGAUCGAGCAGCGGUUCUAGCAGUGGAGGACCUGGGGGAAAUGGAGCCGCUCCAGCUUCUGCCACCCCGGUAAGGAGGCGUCAGAUCGGAGACUUUUUUCUUCGACCAUUCGCAGCAAACUCUAACGAGCCAGAUGUCACGUACACACAAUUGUUAAACGACCGACCCCGGGACUUGCGUCGCCGGUUGUGGUUGUAAAUCACUUGUGGCAGCGGUAACGGCGGCGGGAGUAACAUACACUCGUUAAAUAGUACCUAGUAUAAUAGUAAUUGAACACCAACACCAGCUAAAGCUCACUUUAUAUGUAUAUAUAUAUAUAAUAAUAAUUAAACUGACCGACAAUAAGCGUCAACCAAUGUUUAGGUCAUAAUAAUUGUCGUUUAUACGACGAUGGUGCGUAUAUUUAUACAUAAUAUACAUAAAUAAAAUGUGUUAGAAAAUUACGAAUUAACGUACGGAUAAAUCAAAUAUGGAUGGCGACAACGAUGAUAAAUUUGAUACGAAAAAUAUUUUCGUCACAUCUGUACCACUCAUCGAGUACCCUCUUAAUCUUUCACGCAUUCUCUCUCACUCUCUCUCUCUCUCUUUAUAUAUAUAGGUAUAUCUCUGGUUAUAUUAUGUUAUAUUCACUGAUGCAUAAAUUAUACGAAAGUUUUCAAACUUGUUAUAAAGUACAGAAGCUGGUUGUAUUUUUGAGAGUGAACGCUUGCGUUGAAAUGUUGAUUUACUAAUUCCAUAUAUGCAUAAUUUAUAUGCUACACACUUAUAUAUGCAGAAAUUUAUUAAAAAGAAAGUAAAGUAAAAAUUAUUUUCAUAGCAUUAUAGAAUAAUAUACUAUAAUAUGUAAAAAAAAAAAAUAUGAUAUUGUGUUUUAGGAAACAUAAUACCGAUUACUUUGUAAUUAUUCAAACGGUGAAAUGGAUAAAGAUCAAACAUUAAUAAAUACAUUUUCGAUUUUAAUUUAUCACAAUUUAUACAAUUUAAUUGUAUACGUUUUGUGAAAAAAACUCGACUCGCGAGACUUACAGUUUAACUAACGGACUACUGUUUUCUCGAAUACAUUAAAAAUUCAUCACUAAUAAUAUUUCUAGUCUUUCGUCGUCGGCGUCUGUUUUUGAUUGUUCAUCCGUAUGUUGUUUUAAUAAAUUAUAUUUAGUUAUCAAACCUAUAUAAUGUAUAUUUAUAAUAUAUAUUAUAUGUUUAUUUAU